AUGGGAUAUCAACCCGACUGUCAGUUUGAUGCUGAAUUUGUUUAUCCUCAUAAUGGAAUAAAGAUGAGCAAUUCAGAGGAAUAUGAUAACCAAAGGAAGCCCAUGUUGUCUUUUUCUAUUGAGGAGAUCUUAAAACCAUCACCUGGUAAGACCUGCCUACACAGUACAACACUCUGCAGAACUCAGGUGGAGACUGCUCACCUCCAGAGAUCAGAGCCACUUUUGGAAAUGUCUAAGGAUGAGAAGAAAGGGAAACGUAGGAUCAGGACAACAUUUACAGCAGAACAGCUCCAGGAACUAGAAAGGAUCUUCCAAGUUACACACUAUCCAGAUGUCCACAUGCGCAACCAGCUGGCAGCAAAGAUCAAUCUCCCAGAAGCCAGAGUCCAGAUCUGGUUCCAGAACCAGAGGGCAAAGUGGAGGAAACAUGAAAAAUAUGGCAAUUUUGGUGGCCUUCAGCAUCUAACGGAGGUUGAUUUUAUUCCAGUCCCGAAGGCAGACAUAACUGAUCUCUGGCUAAUGCCCAGCAGCCUCUCUGGUAGACAUACUCGCAUAGAGUAUUACUCUCCAGUCCAAGGGCAUACCACAACUUCCUGGCUACCAAACAUGCAGCCCUAUUCUCCCCUGCACCUGGAUCCUGUGAUGUUCUCAAAGCCUUACAGACUUCUUGACUACCUCCCUCCAUUCAGCCUGCCUUCCUUGCCCCUGAAGGCAAUGUCAGUGCCAACCACAUAG